CAACAACACUCAAGCGACGACGAACAACUCGGGCAACCCUCUCCGCUGCACCUCGCUGUCAAUGCCGCAUACGUCAUGGCCUCCCCCACCGGGCCGUCGUCCUCCUCUAACCUCCACCUCACCACCUCCACAAUUCUCGCGGCACUAGUCGCCAUCCUACUUUCCAGCUUCGUGACCAAAGCAUGGCGCGCUCGGCAAUACAUGAGGCGCCUGCAGAAGCAAGGCUUGCCGAUGCCGCCUCACAACAUUUUCCUGGGCCACCUGGGCCUCGCGGCGUCGAUAACCAGCAGCCUGCCCAGCGACGCGCACGGCCACUACCUCGCGGACCAGAUCCGGCAGCGGUUCCCGGACCUGGGACCGACCUUCUACCUCGACCUGUGGCCGUUCUCGGACCCCAUGCUCAUUGUGACGGACCCGGAGGUUAUUGGCUCGUUCUGCGCGCCCGACAGCUUGCUGCCGAAACACCCGGGGGUGAAGAAGUUCAUGUAUCCGAUUACGGGCGGGUACGACUUGAACUGUUUGGACGGCGAGACGUGGCGCUUCUGGCGGAAGCUGUUUAACCCUGGGUUCAGCGCGGGGCAUGUGUUGAGCUUGGUGCCGGUUAUGGUGGAGGAGGUGGAGGUUUUUAGGGGGGAGUUGAGGAGGAGGGCUGAGGCGGGCCGGAUGUUUGGGUUUGAGGAUCUGGCGUUGGGGUUGGCGGUUGAUGUUAUUGGGAGGGUGGCUUUGGAUGCGAAGCUUAAUACGCAGCGCGAGCCGAAUCCGUGGAUAUCGGCUUUGCUGGCGCAGCGGAAGUGGGCGGCCUUUGGGCUGGAAAUGGGUCUUUCGACGCUACUGAAUCCGAUGCGGUACUUCCAUAUGUGGAACAACCGCAGGAUCAUGGAUAAGUAUAUCAACCGCGAGCUCGAUGAGCGGUACAACACGACGCACGGCGACACAGCCAAGAGCAAGACCAUCAUCGAUCUCGCACUGAGCGGAUACAAGUCUGAGAAGUCUUCAACAAGCGCCGAUAAAGGCCAGCUCAAUCCCGAGUUCCGCAAAUACGCCCUUAGCCAGAUGAAAGUCUUCAUCUUCGCGGGCCACGACACAACCUCAACGACCAUCUGCUACGCCUGGCUGCUCCUCUCGCGCAACCCGCAAGCAAUGGCCAAACUCCGCGCAGAGCACGACGCCGUCCUCGGCCCGGACAAAACCAAAGCCGCCGAAGCCCUCACCUCCAACCCCGCCCUCCUCAACCGCCUCCCCUACACCCUCGCCGUCAUCAAAGAAACCCUGCGCGUCUUCCCCGUCGUCUCCUCCCCGCGAGGCGGCCAGCCAGACUACACUCUCACCGACGCCGCGGGCCACCGCUUCCCCACCGCACACUGCCUCGUCUGGGCCGUCCACCACGGGCUGCACCACAACCCACUGUGGUGGCCACGCGUCUCCGAGUUCCUGCCCGAGCGCUUCCUCGGCGACGACGACGCGCUGCGCCCGCUGAAGAACGCGUGGCGCCCGUUUGAGUUCGGGCCGCGCGCGUGCAUUGGGACGGAGCUGGCGCUGACGGAGCUCAAGAUCGUGUUGGCGUUGACGGCGAGGGAUUUCGAGCUGCAGGAGGCGUAUGAGGAGUGGGAUCGGGUGAACAGGCCGAGCGGCGUGAAGAGGGUGGAUGGCGAGAGGGCGUAUCAGAUUCAGUUGGGGAGUGCGCAUCCGGUGGAUGGGUUUCCGGUGCGGAUUCGGGCGCGAUGAGGGAUUGAUCGCUUGGGUUGUGGGGGAAGAAGGUGACCCCAGGCCCUAGCCUCGAAAUAGUCGCAAGCGCCAUUUGGGGAAAGUGGAAUUUGCGUUGAAGGAAUGUGUGUGAGGCGAAGGUGUUCCCUUUGUGGAUCCUUUGGGGUCUUCUGGAAGCUAUGUGGCUUCGAGCAACAACAUGCUUGUACGAUAGGCAUGAGAAGGGGAUCUGAGUUGUGGAGGCGCGAGGCCAGCAGACACGCUCGCCGUAUCUCCGCUGCGGCGAGUGCUCUCUUUGAGGAUGUUGGUAUGAGAGUGAAGUCGGUCCCCUCGCGCGCGGAAUCUGAACGGGAAUAGAAAAGCAGUAAUAUUCCGCGAUGCCCUUAGCUGCAUAUCGCGAAGAAUCAAC